AUGGACGCACUGACACACCAUAUACAAGGGGAGAUGCCAUGGUGUAUGUUAUUCGCCGAUGAUAUUGUUCUGAUCGAUGAGACGCAAGACGGUGUUAACGAGAGGUUGGAGAUUUGGAGACAUACCUUUGAGUCUAAAGGUUUCAAGUUAAGUAGGACUAAGACAGAAUACGUGGAGUGCAAGUUCGGCGGCGUUUCGGGAGAAGCAGACAUAGACGUGGGGCUUGAAUCUCAAGUCAUUCCCAAGAAAGAGAGCCUCAAGUACCAGGGGUCGGUUAUCCAGGAGGACGGGGAGAUUGAUGAGGAUGUUACGCACCGUAUAGGGGUGGGAUGGAUGAAACACAGGCUAGCGUCUGGUGUCUUGUGUGACAGGAAAGUGCCCCUGAAACUUAAAGGAGCUGUUCCUGAUUUUGAAGGUGGACAUUUUCCCAAGGAAUCAGUGUGUAAACUUGAAAAAGCUGUGGCUGCUCUGAGAAUACAAUAUCGCGGUUGA